GUGAAGCCGAGAGGGCCCCGGUGCGUUGUCGCUCCCGUAAGCUGGACUGAACCCGGGCUUCACGCGCAAGAGGGCCCGCCAUGCGGCGCCACGCCGCUCUCCUGAGCCUGCUGCUGGCUGCAGGAGCCGUGGCAGGGCCGACGGACCCGCGGGCCGGCCACCGCUGCGCCUCCUACUGCCUGAGCGCCGACAACAGCAAGUUCGCCUACACGGCCGGCCAGACGUACGUGUAUGCAUACACCUCCGAUGUUGUGACGACGCUAGCCGGCGCCACGGACGAGGCGUCGAGGCUGCACGUGAAGGCCACGGCCGAGAUCGCGGCCAACUCGGCCUGCGACUUCACGCUCCAGUUGAGGGAUGUCACCCUUGAGGACUCGGAUCCGAAGAACGUAGAUCGUCGAAGGCAUGUGGACGAUAUGGCCUCCUUCAAAGACGAGCUGGAGAAAUAUCCGCUGUCCUUCAGCUACCAGGACGGCCGAGUGGAGGAGCUCUGUUCCAGUCAAUUUGAGUCUGUAUGGGCGCUGAACUUCAAGCGCGGCCUUCUCUCGGCCACCGUCAACAACCUUGAAACGCUUGACUUGGGCGAGACCCAGAAGUACGAGACGGACGUGUCCGGCUACUGCUCCACCAACUACACCGUCCGCAACUUGGGCGACAUCACCGCGGUGAUCAAGACCAAGGAACUGCUGACCUGUCGAGAACGCGGCCACCUCGUGUCCUCACUUCAAACGACACCCUACCAUUCGGCCUCCAACAUUCAGUCCAUGCCGUUGCUAAGGAGCACCCAGCGUUGUCGGCAGGCAGUGUCGGCUGGCCGGCUACUCACAGUGGUUUGCCAGGAAGAUCACCUGUUCCGGCCGUUCUCCGGCGGCGGAAACGGAGCGGUCACGCGCACCACCCUGACACUGACUGAGAUGAACGUCCGGCCCACAGUUCACACCCGCCAGCACGAACCGCUGCGAGUGCGCAGUAGCGCCAUGUUUGACCACUCGGCGCCAGAGCUGAAGGCGGUGGACCGUGCGGACGCGACGCGCCUCUUGCUGGCCGAAAUGCAGCGGCAGACCGCUGAGGAUGUGCGGCGCGAGGUCCCUCGCCUCUUCACGCAGCUGGUGCAGACACUGCGCCAAGCGGACGCGGCCAGCCUCGCCCGCCUCCUGCGCGAACAGACGCAGCAGACGACGCGCAAGUACCUGAUGGACGCCCUGCCCAUGCUGGGCACUGCCGCCGCCCUGGUCGUCAUGAGGGACAUGGUGAUGCUCGGGCAAGUCGCUUCCGAGGAGACCGACCGCUGGAUGACGUCUCUUGCCUUUGUGCACGAGCCGCGGCUGGACAUGGUGGAGGCGGUGGCGCCGCUGCUGGCUGACGCUGGUGUCAGGACGCAGACGCUGCUGGGCGUCUCGGCCAUGCUGCACCGCUUCUGCCGCGCCGAUGUUGACUGUGCCCAGCGGCCAGCUGUGAGGCAGGCCGUAAGCAGCAUCGAGCAGCUGCUUGGUGGCGACUGCGCGUCCGAAUCCAGGGGAGGCAGGACCAGGGUCCUGGCAGCGCUGAAGGCCCUGGGCAACGUUGGACUUCUGAUUCGCGGCGAGGGUGUCCUUCGCGCUUGCUUCGCGAGUAAGGACGACGUCGAAACUCGCCUCGAAGCCAUCAGGGCGUACCGGAGGAUGCCGUGUGCCGUGGUAAGCAACAGCGGGCUAGUGCACACAUUCGCCAACCAUUUGGAGAACAGCGAGGUUCGCAUCGCCGCCUACUUGGCUGUCACGCAAUGUGCUACCCACGAGGUUGUCGACAAGCUAAUGGAAAUUCUAUCGAAGGAAACUGUCAACCAGGUAGGAAGCUUUGUGUGGACGCACAUAACCAACAUGCAAGAAACCAAUGACCCCAGCAAGCAGUACUUGAAGUCGCUUCUCUACAAUGUGGAGCUAUCAAAAAAGUUUGCCACCGAUGCAAGGAAGUUCUCACGAUAUUAUGAAAAAUCAGCAUUCUUUGAAUCCGUGAAUGCCGGAGGGUCAGUGGAGGGCGCCGUGGUGUUUUCACCAGAAUCGUACAUACCAAGGUCCGGCAUGCUAAACCUCACCGUCGAUCUCUUUGGCGAGGCCAUCAAUCUAUUGGAGGUCGGUGGCCGCGUGGAAGGCCUGGAGCACUAUGUUGAAAACCUGUUUGGGAACAAAGGUCCGUACCCACAGGAAUCCAUUAGCCAGAUCCUGCGGACGAUGAGGGGUCGACCGAGCAGCAAUGACAUCACUAGGCUCUCGGAUGCCUAUAACGCCGCCAAUGACGCGUCUGGGUCGUUUCAUGCAUCAUCGUACGUGAAGAUCUUUGGCAACGAACUGAGCUUUGGCACAUUCGAUGACCUCAGUGCUCUGGUUCGUGCUUUGGGCGACGACGGUCCAGUGAGCUUUCUGCAAAAGCUGGCAAAGGACAGAGACUGGACCGACAACUACCAGUUCCUGGAUACGAGCUAUACGAUUCCCACUAUGAUCGGUCUUCCCUUCAAACUGCGAGCCGUGGGGGCCGCCACUGUUACGCUGAAGACGAGUGGACGCUUCAACAUUGAGUCAUGGAAUAAGAUGAAUAUCGAAGGGUUUAUUAAACCUUCUGCUGCCGUGGAAAUUGCCGCUGAAAUGAGCGUAGACGCCUACGUUGCUCGCACUGGACUCAAGAUGAACACAAAUCUUCACACAUCGACCGCUCUGGACGGACAGGUGGUCAUUGAUUCGGCUAAAAUUGUGUCAAUCAAGAUGAACAUGCCUAAGGAUAAGGUGGAGAUGCUAGAUGUCAGAACAAGCUUCCAUAGCGUUUACCAGAACCAGGAGAUACCACUGGAGACGACCAGCAACAAGGUCGAAUAUGGCGCCUGCUCAGAGGCUUACACCGCAGCCGCGCUUGGAGUCAACAUAUGCUCAGAAAUCUGCUACCCACUGCCCGCUGCCAGCGGUGCGAGCUUUCUGCUGACGGGCCCUCUGACCGCUCGCAUCACCGUGGAAAAGACCGACACUGUCAAGGCGUUCAUUUUCGAGUACCGACACUCGAACGAGGCAGGGGUGAGGAAAUCCAGCCUGAUGCUGGACACGCCGGGGACCACCACCAAUCGGCACAUAAACCUCGACUACAUGAUCAACUUCCGGAACAAGGCGUUCCGCGUCGGCAUCAUCACUCCCGUUAAGUCGGUGGAACUGGCGGGAAGUCUCGACGUGGCGACUGAGAGAAAGCACGCUGCUCUGCAGCUAGAUAUCGACCGGCGGGAGAUCUUCGGUGUCACCGGCAGUCUGACGAAGAACGACACGCUGCGGGCUGUCGAGUAUCAGCCUCUGGUCGUGAUCCGGGGCUCAUCCGGGCCGCUGUUUCGCCUCAAAGGGGAAGUGCUUGUCAAUAAGGACAAACCCAAGUACGCCGUCCGCCUGCGCGCCAACACUCUGUACAACUAUCCGAUCGUCCUUACUGGUUCUGUUGACGAAGAUGACGGCAUGUAUAGCAUUGCCACAUCCUUAAGCUCGCGUGCUCUGACCGGAACUCUGAACGGGAUGUUCCGCCACGACGGCACGAGCCUCGUGCUGCAGACGGCGACAGAGUACAGCGUGCUAGAUGGUCCCACGCGGACCAUCUCCCUCAACACGAAGAUGGACAAGGAAGCUCUCGGCGAACAGGCGUUGUACAAACUUUCCAUGGAGACAAAGUUGUCGGCGCUGCCGCUCCUCGACACGGAGCUGAGGGCGGAGCUGGCCAGGUCGCCAGGCCAGCACCGCGCCACGGCGGAGCUGAUGCUCGGCCAGCGCCGAUAUCAGCUCAGCGCCGGCCUCGGUGACCAGCGCGGCAGGCGGUUCGGCGAGAUUGCCUUUCAGGCGGCGCACAUGGACGUCGACUUCAAACUGGCCACCGAGCUAGACAUGAGCACCAAACAGAGGCUUCAGCUGAGCACUAUGGCACGGCUUAAUCAGGACAGAUUUGCCGGAGGAAGUCUUACUGUCAGCUACCUGUCUGAAGGCUUCAACUUCGACUACGGUGUCGACACCAACAUCACUCUAAUGACCUCCAGCUACGCAUUGGUCGCCCAAGUGCGACGCGACGACGGAACAGCCGACCUUACGUUUCUGGCCUCCCGAGAGGUGGGGAGCGAGAGCAGGACGGUCCGGCUGGCCGCGGCGCUCGGUCUGGACGAGACGGACGCGCACACGCUGGACGCCAGUCUUGACCUACCCAACUACCCAAGCACGCGGCUGAGUGGCCGGCUGGCAGCCGGCAAGUAA